CCGACAGGUUCAUUCUCUUUGUUACGGAAACUUUUCAAAAGUGUCAGGACACCAUUAUUAUAAUGUUUCUCUUGUGAAACUCUUCAGAAAAUGUUUGAGAUGUUUAUUUUCUGUUUGUGCUUGUGGUGUUGGGCUGGUGUGUUUGGUGCAGAUACAGAUGUAAUGAAGUCUGUAUCAGUGACGGAGGGAGAUUCUGUCUCUCUACUCACUGAUGUUACUAAUGUACAGAAAGAUGAUCUGAUAAUGUGGAUGUUUGGACAUAAAGACAUUCCUAUAGCCCAAAUCAACAGAAAUGAUAACAAGAACACAAUAUUUAAUGAUAAUGCUGAUGGGAGAUUCAGAGGCAGACUGCAGCUGGAUCAGACUGGAUCUCUGAGCAUCACAAACACCAGAACCACAGACUCUGGACUUUAUAAAGUCACCAGCAUCAGAACAAAGACCUCACUCAACACAUUCAAUCUUACUGUCUAUGCUCAUCUGCCUGUUCAUGUAAUCAGCAUUUACUGUCCAAAAAAUCCAUCAUCAUUAUCAGGAUCAUCAUCAGGGUCCAAAUGUGCAUUUCUGUGUUCAGUGUUCAAUGUGAGUGAUGUGACUCUCUCCUGGUACAAAGGAAACAGUUUAUUAUCCAGCAUCAGUGUGUCUGAUCUCAGCAGAAGCCUUUCUUUACAUCUGGAGUGUUUGGAUGAUUCCUACAGCUCUGUGGUGAGCAAUUCCAUCAGCAACCAGACUCAACAUCUGGACCUCAGCCAACUCACAUGUUCAGACUGUGGCUGUUUUGGUUCUACUGAAGCUGUGAUCCGAUUGGCUCUCUCGGCUCUGGUGGGCGUGGCUGCUGUUGCUGUGCUGGUUUAUGAAUUCAGAUCCAGAAGUCUUGACAUUACAUCACAGUCCUUUGAGAUGAUGUUGUUCAGCAACUCAUGACUCUCCUAAUGCAGAUGAUACUGCUAUAGCGCCCCCUUCUGACUGAAUAUGGAAACACAAGCAGCUCUUUCAUUGUGAUAUUUUAGUUCAUAUGCUAUCAGUGUGGAAACAUUAAUAAUCACUCUGUUUCUUUGAAUAUUAAAGUAAAUUAAUUAAACAGACAGAGGCAGGGAAAGAGCAGGAAACAAAGUGAUGGUAACACGAGUUUAUUUAAUAAUCUUAUUUGCUCAAUGCUCCGUCUAACUUUAUCUGAGUAGCACAAAUCCAACAAGUGUUAUUACACCAAGACAAACACACACAUGUUGCUAAUUCAAAGAUGACCUCUACAUAUUUAUCCCCCGCCCCCAUAUUAUACUAAAUAUGGAAACAUUUGAUUACACACAUUGAUUAAAAUUCAAGCAAACCUUCGUAAUCGUUAUCACAAAUACAUUUUGAAAAGCUCAAGUGAUGCACCAAGUAACGCAAUGUAAUCUACACUUCUACUGGGAGACAUUAUCAGGACACAUGGAGUGAGCAUUCAUUGUUACACUGAUGAUACUCAGCUUUGUUUCCUCGAGCCCCAUGAAAUCUACCAGUCCUCCAAAUUAAUGGACUGGAAAAACUUUGGGACUAUUCAUUUCCUACUGCCUAAUUCAGAAAAACACACAUUAUUGGACCAAAACACACCAAUGUGAGAUCAAACAGAACACAGUUUGUUUCUUGAUGGAUAAUUGUUCAUUUCCUCAUCAUUGGUUAAGAAACUGUGUAUACUGUCUGAUAGCAAAUCUGUCAUUUGAAAGUCUCAUUUCUAGUACUUAUAGUGUUUAUGUUCAUUUACCUUUAAAAUCUGUACUAAAAUCACUGCACCAUCAUGACUGUUCAGAAUUACUUCAGAUGUGUCAAACAGUAUUGCUAGGUUUGAUAAUACAGCUUUCCAAAUAAUGAAGUUUUGUAAUACUAGCACGGUGGAUAAUUUGAAAAUGUCACAACACGUUCUGCUGCUCUACGGACAAUAAUGCAACACAUGCAGUGGUGUUAAUAUUUGAGUAAAUGUAAUCAGUUACUGUACUUAAGUAUAUUUUUGGUAACUUUGUCAGUAUAUUACCAAGAUUUACACUCUACCUGACUACAUUUUUGAAUACAUAUAUGCAAUGUGAUCUUUACUCCAAUGCAUGUGUGAUGAGUAAUGCAAUUUGUUAUAUUUCACUUUUUCUGCAGCAGUUUAUUUCUGCUACAAAAGAAGUGAUAGCAGGGCAUUGAAGGUACUAUAUUUUGUGCGUUUUGCCCUUACUCACCCAAACUUGUCAACAAGGUUACUUUAUGCAAAUGUAUGGAAGCCUGUUUCCACCACUGAAUAAAACAUGUUUAAAAAGGUAAUUGCGACUUAUCUCAUAAUUCUGACUAUUUCUCACAAUUGUGAGUUUACAUUUCAGAAUUGCAAUUCUGACACUUUUUUCACAAUUGUGAGUUUCUAUCACACAAUUUUGACUUUAUAACUUGAAAUUAUAAGUUUGCAUCACACAAUUCUGACUUUACAACUUAGAAUUUUGCUAUUUAUAUCGUGCUAUUCUUAGAAAAAAAAGGUCAGAACUGCAAGAAAUAGUCAGAAUUGUGAGGGGGGGAAAGUCGCAAUUACCCUUUUUUUAUUCAGUGGUGGAAAUGGACUUCCAUAUGAAUAUAAGUGCAUUAGCAGAUACUUGUGAAUUGCAUGUGUUUCAUAUAUGAGAUGAGGACUUGGCUGCAGCCAAUGACGAGGCCGAAACCAGCACAUCCAGUGCAAGUAGCGUUCGACUAUUUCAUUUUAUUCAACAAUAUUUGAUUAAUCUAUUCUAUUUAAGAUACCUUUUUGAAUAGUGGUUUAUUUAAGCCCAUUUCAAGCACAUGAGCUUACAUGAGACUUGAGUGUUUGUAUAGAUGUUUAAGAGACUAUUGUGUCAACCUUGGCUUAUUUCAAUUUUGAGGUGUUCAGUUUUAUUUUGAUUGUAGAAAAUAAACAUGCAAUUGCUCUCCUCACAAGUCAACUGUUUCGUGUUUUUCUACUGGCAUUUCUCUUGAUUAGGUGUUGAGGACUGCAUGUUUGAGCCUACAUUCAGUACGAGUAAAAUACUUACCUACUGUUAAAAUCAGAUACUCCAAAUCGUAUUGGAAUUGGUGACUUGCAAUGGAGUCAUUUUCAUUCCAAGAUAUAUGCAC